UCUUUGACCCUCCUGCCACUCCGUACUCUCCCCCACCACCACCACCACCGCCUCCCAGCUCUCCGAACCAAACACACGUGGAAACUCAUGAACGUGUUUCUGAGACAAAAAACAUGACAAGCCACGGACUCGAGUAUGAAGGAUGCAAUUUCUUCCGACAGAGGCUAGUGUUGUCCACGUUAAGCGGGAAGCGGGUUAGAAUAAAAGGCAUCCGUUCCCGAGACGACAACCCAGGGCUGCGAGACUUUGAGGCCAGCUUCAUCAGGCUCCUCGACAAAGUGACCAAUGGAACUAAGAUAGAAAUUAAUCAAACAGGUACCGUGUUGUUUUACCAGCCUGGCCUGCUGUUGGGCGGAACCAUAGAGCAUGACUGUAACCCGCAGCGGUCUAUCGGCUACUACCUGGAGGGGCUUCUCAUGCUGGCUGCCUUCAUGAAGACGCCCCUGAAGGCCACCCUGAAGGGAGUCACCAACGACCCCACUGACCCCUCCGUUGAUCUGCUUAAAACCACAGCCCUCCCUCUUCUGAAGCAGUUUGGCAUCGACGGAGAUGGCUUGGAAAUGAAGGUGGUGAAGAGAGGCAUGGCCCCCGGCGGUGGAGGGGAGGUGAUAUUCUCCUGUCCCAUACGCAGGACCCUCCGGCCGGUGCAACUGACGGAGCCAGGCAAGAUCAAGAGGAUUAGAGGCAUAGCAUACUCGGUGAGAGUCUCCCCACAGAUGGCCAACCGGAUCGUAGACUCAGCCCGCAGCGUCAUUAACAAGUUCAUUCCAGACAUUUACAUCUACACGGACCACCUGAAGGGAGCCAACUCUGGGAAGUCUCCGGGCUUCGGGCUGGUUCUGGCGGCGGAGACCCAGAAGGGGUUCUUCCUGAGCGCCGAGCUGAGCUCCGCACCACAGGGCCAGGGGCCAACCAUUCUCCCAGAGGACCUCGGCAAGAACUGUGCCAAGCUGCUGCUGGAGGAGAUACACAGGGGCGGCUGUGUCGAUUCGACCAAUCAGAGCCUGGCGUUGCUCUUCAUGACCUUAGGCCAACAGGAUGUGUCAAAGGUGCUGCUCGGUCCACUCUCUCCCUACACGGUUGAAUUCCUCCGCCAUAUUAGAGACUUCUUCCAGAUCAUGUUCAAGAUGGAGGCCAAGCCACCGCUGGAAGACGAGAGGAAGGGAGGGGAGAAGGUGCUGAUGACCUGCGUAGGAGUUGGCUUUAGCAACAUUAGUAAAGUUACCAAGUAACUGUUUUUAUAUCACUAACCCGUCAUUUUUAUAUGCUCAAACAUGUCCGUCGGAUUGGGAAAGGAGGUUUUGUAAUUAAAUUAUAAAGUCGAUCUUGUGGUUGUGGUGUUUUUUUUUUUAACGUUAUUUUAGAUGAAAAACAUUCAAUAUUACCAUGUUGGUUAGAAAGAUGACAAUUAUUUAUCAGAGCUUAGUGAUUGUAUUUCUCAAACAUCGACACAUUUGUCAACAGCAUUUUGACUUAUGCGUUCGUUCAACACUUAAUCAUAGACACAAGCACAAACAUUAGUGCAGCAAUGGCUGCCAUCUCCUGUCAUAAUCCUCAUUGCAGGGGUUACAACGGGUCAUAUGUUCCUCAUCAAACGUGUCUUCAGUCCUCUCCACCACAGAGACGCUUCAGACAUUCACCAUAGUCCCCGGAAACCUCAGACUGGAAAGAUUGAAUUAAGAUUAGCCCAAACAUUUCAAAUGGAUAAAUAUGGUUCCUGCUGUGUAUAAUAUCGGCAAUUAUAAAUAUAUUCAAUGAGUGUGUUCAUGUUGUUUACCGUUAAAGCAGAGUAGAGGGAGGUGCCGAACAGCUUUUUGUAGUCCGCUCUGAUAUCGAGCAAGUCCAGCUCUGAGCGGCUCACUAUAAUUCUGGUCAGGAUGGACUCAGUCGUUCCCGGGCCCUAGUCACACACACACACAGACAAACUCACGUAAAGUAAAGGUACAGGCGAGAAUAUGUCAAGCUUCUUCGUGCAGGUGUUCUAAACUUGAAGGGUGGAGUUGGUGGGAUGGCAGACACAAAUUAACAAAUUAAACAGUUUCACUAGAUGCCUCAAUUGUACAUAACAUUUUAUAAAACAUAUUUAAAUAGGAUAGUCGGUGAUCCAUGGUAUAAAUGUAAGAUGUCCCA